AUGUCAAUGGGUUGGACCUCGCCCAUAUUCCCUCAUCUAAGGUCUAUCGACUCCCCUCUAUCAGAACCACCGACCUUACAACAGGAAUCAUGGAUAGGAUCGCUAUUGGUGCUUGGAGGAUUAUUGGGUCCAUUGAUAACAGUACCGUUAUCAAAUAGGAUUGGUAGACGUUAUAUUAUCAUGAGCUCCAAUAUUCCUCUACUCCUGGGUUGGUUGCUGGCCGGAGUAGCUUCUGACCUGGCCACGUUAUACGCAGCUCGUAUAAUGUGGGGUUGUGCCACAGGCAUGCAAUUCGCCACAGUACCUUUGUAUAUCGGUGAAAUAGCUGAGGAUAAAAUCCGCGGUUCCCUCAGCGCCCUCUUCCUUCUGUUCAUCAACAUUGGCUUCCUCCUCGCGUAUUCGAUCGGUCCCUAUUCUUCAUACUGGGGCCUCACAGCUACAGGCGGUAUACUAUCUCUGUUCUAUAUACCGUUCACUUGGUAUAUACCGGAGACGCCGUUCUUCCUCGUAUAUAAAGGUAAAACGGAAGAAGCUAUAAAAGUAUUGAAACAAUUACGAGGAAAAUCCAAAGAAGCAGUUCAAGAUGAAGUGGACGGUCUACAAGCGAUGGUUCAGAGAGAGUUUAAGACUGAACCCAGCGUUAAAGAUCUGUGGGCCACUUCGGGAAACUUGAAGGCUUUGGGUAUAUGUGUGUUUCUGGCCAUGUUGCUUCAACUGUCAGGUAUCGACGUGUUAUUAUUCUAUAUGGAAGAACUUUUGGAGAAAGUUGGAACUAAGAUAUCUGCUUCUGAUGGUACCAUCAUUAUGGGAGUUGUACAGGUUGUAACUAGUUGUAUAACGCCGCUAGUAGUGGACAGACUCGGACGGAAACUACUCAUGUGGACCACGAGCCUCGGACUUAGUAUAUUCCUAAGUAUAAUAGGUAUCUACGCGUUGUUGGACUCACACUUCAAGUAUAACGUUGAACCUUACGCCUUCCUUCCUCUACUUUGUCUCGUUAUAUACAUGGUGUUGUUUACUUUGGGCGUGGGUCCGGUCCCGUGGGUGCUAGUCGGUGAGAUGUUUCCUCCUCGCAGUAAAUGUCUCGCCAGUGGCGUCGCGUCCUUCAUGUGUUGGCUCGCGGGCUUCAUAUGGACCAGAUUCUUCCGCGAGGUGGCCGCGUCUUCCGGUAUGUACACAGCCUUCUGGGUGCUGUCUGUUUGUUGUUUCCUGGGCUUCAUCUUCUCCGUGAGCCCGCUGUUACCGGAAACGAAGGGCAAGACAUUCGACGAAAUACAGGAUAUGCUUAAUAAGAGAACACCGGACCCAAAGCCCGAGGCCGUAUAA